AUGUUUCUUGAUACUGUUGUGACUUUUCCAGACGGCUCACGCUAUGAGCGGCUCGAGCCGAUCACAAACUUCAGGAAAGACGAUGACACCGCGAGGAUUUUGUAUCGUUGUCGAAGAAGAGCAGACGGGUUACUACAAAGCGAAGGAUGCGAUGAUAUAUAUGUUAUGAAAGUCAAGUUUCAGGUUCCUAGUGUAGAGUUCAAAGAAGCCGUAGAAGGUCCAAAUCCAGAGACAUUGGCAGAGUUACACGCAUUAGAAGCUUUUGCUACAAGAAAACAGGGUUCGGUACCGCAUCUGGUAGCAUGGAAGGAAACGACCCAGGGAACUGGCGGUCUCUUUCCGGGGGGCUAUUUGGUGAUUACUGUCAUGACUCUUAUGCCCGGAAAGACACUUCUCGAGCUCGGUUUCUGGAGCCUGAAAUCAGAUGAACAAGACACGAUCCGGAAUGCGUUUUUAACAACGCUAAAUGACAUCUGGCGUUGUGGCUUUGUGCCCUAUGAUCGCGCGCUCCGGAAUAUAUUGUGGGAAAAGGAGACGAAGCAGUGCUCGAUCGUGGAUUUCGAGCAUUACCAUGUGAGAAUUGAUCCGAUAUGCAUGGACGAGAAGGAUGAGAUGGCGCAGUGGGGUAUUUUACAGCGACCCGCGCUGAAUUGGUACCAAGAAUGGGCUCGCUCGGCUCCCAAGAAGCCUCGCUGA